AUGUCUGACUUUGGAGAUCCCGAUGACAUGCUGCUCGCUCUCGCGGGCGGCGGCGAUGGAUCCUCCGAUGAGGCUUCCAAUGCCGGCAGCCGUGGUCGCAGCCGUACUCGCAGCCGCAGCCGCAGCCGCAGUCGUGGCCGUAGCCAGUCUCGCACCCAGAGCCGGAGCCGUGGUCCUGAGCGGUCACAGAGCGCACAGCCUGCCGAGCGCUCGUCUCCACGGAGCCCUGCGACCAAGAAGACGCCCGCAAAGAGGACUGGCCGCAAAGCUGAGUCGGAAGAUGAGGGUGAAGCUUCUGACCCCGGUACUCCUCGCUCGCAGUCCUCGGUGCCCAUGGACGAAUCCGAUUCGGAUGCCGAGUCGGACGCGGUCCAGGGCAAAGAAGCGGAUGAUGGAGAGAACAAAUACCCGGUCGAGGGGUUGUACAAGAGUUAUGAGGAGAAGGAGGAAAUCAUGGCCAUGCGCGAGAUCGAGCGAGAGAGGAUCCUCGAGGAGAGGCACGCAGAGAGGAACCGAGCGAAGACCCUGGCAACGCUCAGGCAGAUGGUGCAGAACACAGAGGGAGAGAAGCACAAGAAGCGAAAGGCUGGCGCCGCCGACCUGGAGGAGGGCGACCACAAGACGUCGCGACCUCGUACGACAUCCAAGACCACGAAAGCGGCCACCACGGCGCUCGACAACCUCAAACGUGCGCGGGCAGAGAAGCAGGAUCGCCGUCGCAAGGACGAAGAGCGACGCCGAGACCGCCGAUCACCCUCUUACCGAAGCGGUUCAAGCCGCAGUCGCAGCCGCCAUUCGGACGACAGUGAUGUGGAGUGGGCUGGACCAUCUAAGAAGCGAUCCAAGACUCCAGAGAGGGCUCUGCCGGCCGAACUCCGGGACAUCGAGAGAUGCCGCCUGAGUCGCACACGCUUUGCUAAGCUGAACUUCUGGCCGGGUUUCGACGAGACUGUGAAGGGCUGCUACAUUAGAAUUCACAUCGGGCCAGAUCCCAACACGAGACAGCCCGUGUAUCGGAUGGCGGUCAUCAAGGGCGUCACCACCGGCCGGCCGUAUGCCGUUGAGAAUGAGCAGCACAAGACCAUUGUCACAGAUCAGUACGUGGUCGCCGCGCAUGGCAAGGCCGAGAAGGAGUGGCCUUACAUUGCCUGCUCCGAGAGCCCCUUCACAGAUGCCGAAUGGAACCGCUAUCAAAUCGUGUGUGGAAAAGACGGCAUCACCUUGCCCAAGAAGCCGGAGCUUACACAGAAGGUCGACGACAUCAACAAACUCCUCAACCGCAGCUGGACCGACGUGGAGCUGUCAGAGAAGCUUCACCGCCAGAACACGCUGCGGGACAAGUUCAGCGGCGCCGAGCGGGCGAGGCUGGAGCAGGAGGCGGCCGAGGCCCGCCGCCACGGCAACACGGCGCUCGCGGACGAGCUGCAGGAGAAGCUGGACAACAUGCCCGCGCCGCGUCUUGCCUUCUCGACGUCGCUCAAGAAGGCGGCGCCGCCCAAGCCCAGCGGGCCGACGCAGCAGGACCGGCUGGCCGAGAAGAACCGGCUCAACCGGCAGCUCAACUCGAAGCAGGUGCGCGAGGCGCAGAUAGCGGAGCGGCGCAAGGCGCGGGAGGCGCUCACGGACAAGGGCGGCAGCGGGGCCGACAGCGAGGACCCCAACUCGCGCCGCGCCCUGCUCAGGAAGAAGUUUGCCGUCAGGACGCAGGACUCGGCGGCCGGCAGCGGGGCCAGCACCCCGGCCAACGGCACUCCGAAGCUCGGCCCGGAGGACGCCGUGCCGGCGCACGUGGCGAAGCUGCGGCAGCAGCAGGAGGCCGCCGCCAACGGCAAGGGUGGCGUGCCCAAGAUCCACCGGGCGCUGACGGACGAUGAUAUCAUUGGUUCCCUGGACCUGGAUAUUGACGUUGAGAUCUGA